UAAACGAUCCAAUCAAUUCAUCGAUAGUUACACAUCAUCUUCUUCCUCUCGCUCUGAAAGCGAAAACCCUAUUUCUGGUAACCAAUUAAAUCAGCAAAAAAAAAACCCUAAAUCUGACGGAGUCUCUUCUCUGGUUGGGCUGCAAUGGGUGCGAGUCGCAAAUUACAAGGCGAGAUAGAUCGGGUGCUUAAGAAGGUUCAGGAAGGUGUUGAUGUUUUCGACAGCAUCUGGAACAAGGUAUAUGAUACAGAUAACGUAAACCAAAAGGAAAAGUUUGAGGCGGACUUGAAGAAGGAAAUCAAGAAGUUGCAGCGGUAUAGAGACCAGAUCAAGACAUGGAUUCAGUCCAGUGAGAUCAAAGAUAAGAAAGUCAGUGCAUCAUAUGAACAGUCCCUGGUCGACGCACGGAAGCUCAUUGAGCGAGAGAUGGAGAGGUUUAAGAUCUGUGAGAAAGAGACCAAGACAAAAGCCUUUUCUAAGGAAGGACUGGGUCAGCAACCUAAAACUGACCCAAAAGAGAAGGCAAAGUCGGAGACAAGGGAUUGGUUGAACAAUGUGGUGAGUGAACUUGAGUCGCAGAUUGAUAGCUUUGAAGCUGAGUUGGAAGGACUCUCUGUCAAAAAAGGAAAGACACGGCCACCCAGAUUGACACAUCUUGAGACAUCUAUUACAAGGCACAAGGAUCAUAUAAUAAAGUUGGAAUUGAUCUUGAGGCUUUUGGACAAUGAUGAAUUAAGUCCAGAACAAGUAAAUGACGUCAAAGAUUUUCUGGACGAUUAUGUUGAGCGAAAUCAGGAUGAUUUUGAAGAAUUUAGUGAUGUCGAUGAGCUCUAUAGUACGUUGCCACUAGAUGAGGUGGAGGGUCUUGAAGAUCUAGUUACUGCUGGCCCCCUCGUCAAGGGUACUCCUUUGAGCAUGAAGAGUUCUUUGGCAGCGUCAGCAUCUCAAGUUCGGAGUAUAAGUUUGCCAACACAUCAUCAGAGUACUUCUCAAGAUAAAACAGAGGAUACAACUUUGGAUAGCACUUCUGAGACACUUCCAAAAACCCCUCCCCCAAAGAAUGGCACCAGCCUUCACUCAGCACCAUCAACACCCGUUGGGGGACGUCCAAGUUUGAAUGUGCCCGUCAGUAAUGUUACAAAUGCACCAGUUGCCUUAUCCACUUCUAUUCCUGUUCAAACUUCCACAGAAAGCAUGGGAAGUUUGUCUCCUGUGGCUGCCAAAGAAGAAGACGCAACCACCUUGCCUACCCGUAAACCACCCUCAUCUGUUGCUGAUGCUCAGUUGAGGGGCAUUGGUAGAGUUGGUAUUCCCAGUCAGCCCCAACCAAGUCAGCCUCUGUCUCCAAGUCCAGCCAAUGGAGCUCGCAUUAGUGCAACUUCAGCAGCUGAAGUUGCAAAGAGAAAUAUAAUGGGAGUUGAGAGCAACGUCCAACCUUUAACUUCUUCACUGAGCAAAAUGGUAUUGCCACCAACUGCGAAGGGUAAUGAUGGAACUAUCUCUGAUAGUAACCCUGGUGAUGGUGCGGCUAGUAUCGGUAGAGCUUUCUCACCGUCCAUUGUAUCUGGUUCGCAGUGGAGGCCUGGGAGUCCCUUUCAGAGUCAGAAUGAAACGGUCCGUGGGAGGACUGAAAUAGCACCAGAUCAAAGAGAGAAAUUUUUGCAGCGGUUACAGCAAGUACAACAAGGCCACGGUAACCUCGUAGGCAUCCCUUCUCUAUCUGGAGGAAACGAGAAGCAGUUUUCUUCACAACAGCAAAAUCCUCUUUUACAGCAGAGCUCUGCCAUCUCUCCUCAUGGUAGCUUGGGAAUUCAGGCACCAGGUUUCAAUGUCAUGAGUCCUGCCUCCUUACAGCAGCAGUCAAAUGCCAUGACUCAGCAAUUGGGUCAGCAGCCUUCUGUUGCAGAUGUAGAUCAUGCCAGAAAUGAUGAUCAGCUGCAGCAGAACUUACCUGAUGAUUCAACUUCCAUAACAGCUUCAAAAACUAUUCCAAAUGAAGAUGAGUCUAGAGGUCUAUUUGAUACUCCGUCGGGAAUGCCCAGCUACAUGUUGGAUCCAGUACAGGUGACUAGAGACGGUCCGGAUUUCUCUCCUGGACAACCCAUACAACCUGGUCAACCUUCAAGUAGCCUUGGGGUCAUUGGUCGUAGAAGUAACUCAGAAUUAGGAGCCAUUGGUGACCCUUCGGUUGUAGGGCCGAUGCAUGAUCAAAUGCACAAUCUCCUGAUGCUUGAAGCUGCUUACUGUAGACUUCCUCAAUCCAAAGAUUCAGAACGUCCUAAACCCUAUUCUCCGAGGAACCCAACAAUCACACCCCAAACGUUUCCCCAAACGCAAGCGCCAAUCAUAAACAAUCCUUUGUUCUGGGAACGGUUAGGCAGCGACACUUAUGGAACCGAUACUAUGUUCUUUGCAUUUUAUUAUCAGCAGAACUCUUAUCAGCAAUAUCUAGCUGCAAAAGAGCUGAAGAAACAGUCAUGGAGAUACCACAGAAAGUUCAACACUUGGUUUCAGAGACAUAAAGAGCCAUUGAUUGCAACAGAUGAGUAUGAACAAGGUGCCUAUGUUUAUUUUGAUUUCCAAACACCAAAAGACGAGAGUAAAGAAGGAGGAUGGUGUCAGAGGAUCAAAAACGACUUCACGUUUGAAUACAGUUAUCUGGAAGAUGAACUUGUCGUGUAGAGAAGAGAUAUAGAUAUAUCUUUUAUAUGUAUAUACUCCUAAGCAAGUGUUAUUUUCUGCGUCUAUUUGUACUCUUCUUAUCAAUAAACUAAUUACUUUUCGUUUCA